CCGCGACGGCUCGCUCGGCCGACAGACGCGUCCGCGGCACGGAGCAGUGAGGUGGCGUUCUCGUUCAGUCCGUCACGGAGUGCAGUCUCGUAGAGUUCCCAUCGGCGACUCUGUCUCGCGCGCGCGCGCAACCCUCAAACCUAACCGACUUGAACGCCGCGACUCGCGAUGCCGAUGCAGUGAGUAACCGCGCGCGCGCGCGCGCACGUGAAUCGGUGUGUUCGUUCGAUCGCAUCGUUCGAUUGUCCGUCGUGCGUUCCUCGCGACUUUCGGCCGUUCGCACGGAGCGCGAGAAAAGUGAGAAAAAUCUCGGAGUGUGACUUCUUCUCGAAGUACGCGACCACGACGCUGCUAUGAUGCGAGGAUACUGCGAGGAUAGUGCUCGGUGCUGGAGAGGAUAAUACCGCCGUAUCAUACCGUGAGAUCCCAGUGCAACCAACAGUGUGAGAUUUGACGUGCUUUUCCCGACGUUUCGAGUAUUACGAUCGAUCGACGAUCGGAUCGGAGUAUCGCGCAUCGAUUAUCGCAUGCAUCUCGCGUCUCUCGACGCGAUAUGCGGAGGUACGACACAGUGUGCACGGAAAGUGUUGAUUUGGCGAAGCCGCGGGUCUAGUGCCGACACGGGGAUACGCAUUCACGCAUUCACGCGCGGCUCACUUUCGUGGACUCGGGCACUCCGGAGAUUUCGAGAUGCGACGCGCUGCCGCUAUCGCUUGCGUUCGCUGGCUCGAGUGACUCGACACGGCGAGCGACGGAUAGUUGCCGCGCGCUCCGACGGUGCUGUGUGUGUUGCGCGGCCGGCUGCUGUGUGACAGCGCGCACAGUGCGCUCGCAGCCUCGCCGUUGUUUCCGAGAAAAUUUCGGGAAAACAGGAACCAAUGAGCAGCCUGGCGAGCUGUGCUCCAGGCGAGAUAAACACGGGCUGGAUCCAUGGGACUAGGCGGACUACCUCGGACAACGACGCGCCUAGAGAGGCGGAUCGAAUUUGAUCGUUGCGACUUCGGAGUACUCCAAGUCGACGUCUCGCCGAUAGAUUGAACCUGUGACGGAAGCUCCGCCACAGGCCGGUGAAGCGCGCCGCCGAUUUCCUUCGACGUGAAUCCACGUUGGCUGCUGCCGACGGUGAGCGUACUGGGUCGUGAGAAAUCACCGGUAGCCGGGGAGAGAUCGUCGGAAAUCGUCGCCGGUAGCCGGGGAUUAUCGUCGAGCAUUAUCUCUCAGCGAGGUCGUGUGGCUCCGCGAUGACUGUGGUGUGAGUGACAGAAGGUCGCCCGAUAAGGUGGAUAAAGGAGAUUCGAGAAGUGACGCAGGAUCGGCGAUUUAUCGGGCACACACGGUCAAAGUGGAGUGUGGAUGUGGUGGAGGUGCGACAGUGGUGGAAGAAGUAGGUGGUUGUGGUGGACGACUGCAACGAGGUCGGCAGGUGCGAAAGUGCGGGUGCCGUUCGCCGCGUCGGUGUCGGUCGUCGAAUCCGGGUGGCCGUGGUGACGGUGCUGAUCGUCGUCCACAUUGUUACCAUGGUUUCCUCGUCUUUCGUGACUCUGGUGUUCCUCGUGUGCCUGCAAACGGUUCUACUGUCGACUGUGAGUAACUGCGCGAAGACGAUCACCAUGUACUGGAACACCACCAAUUCCAUAUUUCGAAUAGACAACACAGAUCACAUAAUCGACGUGAACAAGCACAACGCAGCGUUCGAGUACGAUCAGGUCAACAUAAUAUGUCCUGUGUACCAGUCGGACACGUAUGAUGACGACACUGAGAAGUACAUCAUCUACAACGUGUCCAAGGAGGAGUACGAGACAUGCCGGAUAACGAACCCCAGUCCGCGGGUAAUAGCGGUCUGCGACAAGCCGCGCAGAACGAUGUACUUCACCAUCACCUUCAGGCCGUUCACGCCGCAACCCGGUGGUCUCGAGUUCCUCCCGGGCCACGAUUACUACUUCAUCAGCACCUCGUCCAAGGACGAUCUCCACAGGCGCAUCGGCGGCCGGUGCACCAGCCACAACAUGAAGGUCGUCUUCAAGGUCUGCUGCGCCGAUGCCGAGACCUCGUCCUCGUCGGCGACGUCGCGUAACAACUCCGUAGCCGUGACCAGCAGCACCGUGCCCAGCAGCAGCUCGACGAGCACCGCGAUUUUGGGCGGCGGAGCCGCCGGACUGCCGCCCCCGCCGCCGCCGAGCGUCUACAAGGGCGGAGAUCGAUUCUACCCGGGGGGCAGCAUUCAUCAUCAUCACGAUCAUCAUCAGCCGGCCACGGUGGCGCCGACCCUGCCUCACGUACCCCCGCCGGCCGUCUACCCCGCGCAUCCGCAUCAGCCGCAGCCGCCGAUUCACAAUGGAUCGCCGUCCCCCACGCCGCCCAAGACUUCGAUCGGCCAGAAGAAGAAGAACAAGGAGUACUCAGACCAUCCGAACGAGGUGGUGAAGAACGAGGAGCUGACGUACAACGGCGCGAGCUCGCAGUUCCAGUACGUGCAGAGCAUGAUUCUGGCGACCGGCAGUGUGCUGAUGAGCGCGUUGCUGCUGCAGCUGCUGCGGUGAAGCGACAACAACGGCCGCGUACGAGAACGUAUAUCCCAUACGUUAAAACCCCUUCUUCUGUGAUUAUCCUACGUUUAAUUGAUUUCUUGAGAGGCGCGCGAUACGCGCGCCCCUCGGCCGUCCCUCGAUCGUAAGACACGCACGAUCUACGGUCGCGCCGACUCGAGAGAUAGUAGAGAAGAGAGAAGACGACGGAGAGAAGAUAGAAAAGAGCGAGAGAGGGAGAAUGAAAGGAGACGAAGGAAGGAGAGAGAAAAAGGAUGAUGAUCGGAGAGCUAAAAUGACACGUCAGGAGAAGAGACACGCACGACACACGAGCGGCGCACGCCAUAUUAACUAUUAACGAACUCGGAGAUUCCCAGGACGGAAUGUCCGUAGGACGACGAAGACGACGCCGAGGGCAGAAUGGUAGGAGAGAGAAAAAGAGAGAAAGCGGAGAAAAAAAGACGGAAAUACGCUACUACUAGACACUACUUAUAGUACACGCCCACUAUUAUCACUACUAUAAAUGGUAGUCGUAUUGGUUGUCCUUCUUAUCAUUACGCUAACUGUAGGUAUUUAUUCGAAUACGAGACGGGAGCGGGAGUCGUGGCAGCGUGCUAAGUAUCCUCGAGCGAGAGGAGACGGUGUGUGCGAGAGAGAGAGAGAGAGAGAGAGAGAGAAACAAAGGAGGACGUCUAAGCGAAUAUACUAUAGUGGGCUACGCGAAUCCGUCAGAUCGCGUUUCUCUGAUCCAAGCGUUGCGAAUCCGUCAUUCGUGACGAGGAAUAUCGCGUGGGCUCGGCCAUCGAUGACGACGAACGGUCCUUCGUUAAGGGGUCCUCGCUCGGGCUCGACGAGGAUGGACGCUCCUUGCUUCGCGUGAUCGUCCGAGCGCGCCGCGCCUCGAGAAAAGAGUACCUGAAAAUCAUUCAACGUUUUCGGCUCGCGGCGGCGCGACCAACGCGGUACUUUAUGAAAAUCCGGAUGCGAGUUCCGAGUCGCGAAGUCGCUCCCGCGAGCAAACCGCCGGAAGAACUCGUAGAUACUUACACUUGGACUCGAAGUCGUCGACGAGACGCGACGCGACGUGUCGCGCGGCUAGUAGCUUCUCGAUGACCUGACGGCGACUCGGUCGAAAGGCAAUAAGUCGCCGAAGGAUUAAUGUCGCGUCGUGGGAGUAAUCGUGUCUCUUGCGCGGCGUCUGUUCGGAUCGAGAAUGCGCGUGGCCGACUGCCCAGUCGAAGGACGCCGAGGACGAAGGAUCAUUCGAGUUCGCGUGCGAGAUCGUGAGUAGGAUAGUUAGCACGCGUGUAAAUUCCUAACGAAUAUGUACAAGUGGCUCCUGGCCCGCCUCGACGACGAGGGGGUCGGGGAGAUUUAAGAAAGAGUGCCGUAUUUCUAGGUAAAUCUUAUAUAUAUAUAUAUGAAACGAGAGAAAGAGAGAGAGAGAGAGAGAGAGAGAGAGAGAGAGAGAGAGAGAGAGAGAGUGUAUGUGUGUGUGUGUGUAUGAGCACGAAUGUAUGUUGUGAAAGAUAAGAGUGCGUCAUGCGAUCAUGAGGGACAAAAUUCGAGCACCGAUGACGCUCGAGUUGGAUCUGACGUGCUCGACGUUGAACAGAGCGUCGCGAUCGUACGACACGAGCUACGAGCUCACGCAAAUUUCUGCCAUUACGACGGUCUAAUUAUUGUCGCGAGUCAACGAGAUUGAUGCGAGACUAGUACGUAUCAUUGACUCGAGAGCCCCGUUGGGUAAGAAAGACAGCGGCGAAAACGAACGAGCGAACGAGCGAACGAACGAGAGAGAGACUGAGUCGCAAAGUUAGUAAGACAGUUGUGUAUAAUAGCUGUACCAUACCGAGACUUCUAUCUAUAGAUCUGUAUUAUAUUUAUUAUCCGCUAUUAUUACGCUCUACGAAUAUUCAAACACUCGAUAUUCUAUAUUUGCUAGUGAAAUAUCAAAUUUAAUAGCGAACAAAUUAACGUGAACCGCCGGGGGUGAAAAGAAGCGGCACGAACAAACAUCCCCCUCCCCUUCCCUAUCCCCCCAGGCAACCCUUGUCGUAUGUUGUUUCCUAGUUUCUCGAUUUCGUUUCGAGUGUCCGACGAGAAUGAUGAAUCGUCUAUAUCUAUCAUUGUUAGCAGAUCUAAUCGAUUGACCUAUUCGAUCAUUAUGUUGCCGAUUUACCGCCUUUGUUCUACGUUUCUUUGUUUAUUAUUUUAUUUAUUAUCGACUGCCAGGCAAAAGACUUGGGCACGUGCGCGCGCGGUACCAUCGCACGCACGCGUGUACACGUGUUUCGUCGCGCAUUCGCCGCACGCUCAUGGAAUUCAUUUGUUCGCGCGAUAUUCGUGCGCCGAACGUGCGUGAGACCGAUCGCGUGGAUGUACAUAUCCCCGCGUGUGUGUAUACGCGCGCGCGCGCGAUCCACACACUCAUAUACACACGCCCACAAGCACAUAUACACAUGCGUGCGCGCGGACACGACACAACGCGCGAGAAUAAAAGACGAAGCAGUAAUUUUUCGUUUGUGUCGGUCACAAGGGAAAAUUGCUAGCGCGACUGCACUAAUGAAUUAUUGUAAAUAUGAAUUAUGUGCGCGGGAAAUGAGUACCGUGGCGAGAGGAGGAUGCGUGAACGUGCGUGCGUGCAUGUGUGUGUGUGUGUGUGAGAGAGAGAGAGAGAGAGAGAGAGAGAGAGAGAGGAAGAAAACGAGUGAGAUCAUCCCCUACUCAGAAUGUUAGAUAGCGAAAUGGGAGUCCUUGCGCGCGAACGUUGUUCAGCCCGACUCGUUUUUCGGAAGUUUAUUUACGGCUCAUCGUCCCCCACUUGCGUCAACCGCGAGAGCGAAUGGUUACGAUCAGCUGAGAAUCGCGAACACGGCGGAAAUUCAGCAACGCCUGCAUUAUGUUAGCCACUGCAGUAUUGUAAGCCUAAGUAUCGCACACCUCCGCUAUCCACGUCGGUUCUGUCGUCUGUCCAUUCACCUGUCUGCCGUUUUGUAUUCCCACUUUGCGCAACUACGAACGAACGAACGAGCUCGGUCUCCCGAUGGUGGAUCUUUUGUAUCUUUCCACUUUCAGCGCGAAAUACACGCGUGCGUCUUUUAAAUGAAUGACGCUCUUUAGUUGUUUUACUGACAAGAUGUACGGCAUUUCUCAUAAUUCGCUUAUGUUACGAUUUAUGUUACGAUUAUUUGUUGCUGAUUUCCUUGGUUGAGCUCUCCCGAUGGAAACAUCAACGUCAAGUCAUUGGCAAUGGAUACAUGUCAAUAGGUACAUCAGUAAUCAAUCAUUACACGAGUAAUGAUAUUUGAUAAUAAUUGAGGAUAUGUCGGAGAAUUAAUCAUUGCAAUGUCACUUCACCGUUUUCUCAUUAUCUUCUUAAUAUGCCAUCGAUAAUCGUGAGAAAAAUUCUCUCAAUAGCUACGAUCAUCGACGGCGCCAUCGGGUAAAAUUUUUCAAUCAGGGUGGUUGUCUAAAAUUAACAGAAAAAAAUAUGAGAUUUCAGAUUUCAUUUGACAAUCGGACGCGUUCGCGUAGCGCUGCAUUUAAUUGCAAGCAGUUGCGUCUUCGAGAAUUAUGAGGGUGUCGCCGGGAGAUCGCCGGUCGCGAGAAUCGAAUUCGAACGAGUGACGAAGAAGAACACGAUGGCAUUGAUUGUUCGUUCGUUUGUUCGUUCAUUCGUUCGUUGUGCAAAAGAGCGACACUGCAGAGACGCGCGUGGAUUCAACAGUGAAUGGUACUCACUCGCGCGGACGAUAAGCGAAUACACUAUAACAAUAAUAUAGUCUCGAACUAUUCGAUAGAAAAUAGACAAGGUCACUCACUGCAAGUUCAUUUCUUUUAUUUUAUUUCCCCGUUUCUUUCGUUACUUUUCUGUUGCCCACAUCCGCAAAUCCACCCACCGCCGCCAUCGUGAGACGUGAGGCGUCCUGCUAUCGACGGGACAAAAAAUAAAGUAUUUUUUUAACAGCACACAGAUAGAAUGCAUCCGGUGGGAUUUGUUUGUUCAGAGACGUAUGUAAAUAGAGAGGGAGAGAGACGUAUAACGUGCUCGCGCACACACGAAAAUCUGUGCCGCCAUAAUGAUUCUAUAUAUCGUCCACGUGACCUGUGGACUCUUGUCGAUACGAUUUACACGUGUAAAUAAACGAACGUCCGAAGUAGAAUUACAGGGAAAAAGAAUGGGUAGAGGGAAAAACAGAAAGAGAGAAAAACACAGGAUACGCUUCACGUCCAUCCCGAGAGGAGACCUGAAUUUCCCUCGUCUGUCAUUACGUUCGGUAAUACGCCACUUAAUUACGUAAUCAUCCCACUCGUGUGCGUGUACAUUCAAAUACAGGAAAAAGUUGCCCGAUGAGAGGCGCGCGCGGUUGUCUCUCUCUCUGUUUUUUGAAAGAAAGAACGCAAAGGGAAAAAAAGAAUAAACACGAGAGACACCGCGCGUAUUCUCACGCGUUUUUUUCUUUUCGUCGAAGAGAAAAAGAAAGAAAGACUUGUUCCUCUCUUUUCGAGAUCGAGGAUAAUAUAUAUAUCCGCCGCGCGCUGAUGACACGAACACACCGCGCGCGCUCACACACACACACACACACACACACACACACACACACACACACACACAUACACAUACAUACACCGGUCGCGGUUUAAUGAAUUAAUCAAUUAACGUAAAAAGAAGAGAGCGAGGAUAAAGUGAAUUUCGUAGAGGUACGUCUCUUGUAAAUAAACAAAUUAACGAUUAAUAACGCGGUAACACGAUAAAAUUUAUAUUAAAUGCAUAGCGAAUACGAGAUAGGUUUCUAAUAACGAUUUAUUAUAAAAAAAAAAAAUAAAAAAUGAAUGUAUGUUGAUGUCUAAGAUUUUUAACAAGAUGGAGACACAAAGCGGUUAAUUGUAAACUACGAUUAAACUAUUCGUAACCGAGGACACACACGAGUACUAAUUAAACAGGAAGCGUUCGAGUGCAGAGCAACACUUAGCCAGAUCGUGAUUUCUCACGUUACAUAUGUUAUUUUGUAACCGGAGCGUACAGGAGCCAUACACUCUCGAUAGUCACGGCUAGUAUACGCGGCGCUCCGUCGAUCAGACGACAGCCCAGUCCGACGUACACUCGCGACCAGCGGCUCUUCUCGAUUUCGCACUUAUAUUUUCUCCUAUUUCUCGCUAACGAAGCGAUUGCCGAACGUCACGAGCAAAAGACGUGCGGACGCGAGUGCAGAACAUCGCGGAGUCGAAUCGGAUUAUCGAGCUGUGUUUAACCGCCGAGAAUGUAAAAGCUCGCUCUCGGAAAUGCUUCGCGACACAUUUCCGCCUGUAGACUUUGCCAUCGAAAAAUUCAUCGUCGAUCGUUCGUUAAAAUUAAUUUCAAUGUACUUUUUGUACGCGGCGCGACUAAUCAAGGACGAUGAGGGAGGAACUAAAGAAUGACAGACCGACGCGCGUUAAUCUCUUUCUCUAGAUUUCAUUCCGACGCCGAUCGCGGUGUCGCCGAUCGUGAGACUCGCCAAUUGCAUUAAUUUCAAGUCUGGUCGCAGCUCUUACCGCAAUUAUCUGCCAUUCGCGACGCUCGCUGCUAUACACUUUCGUUCAGGCGCGAUUAUUUAAUGUCGAGGACGCGACGCAUUCCGUGAAUAAUGAGACGCGACGCGCACGCGUGAUAUCGGAAUAUUAAUUAAAAUCCCCGUCUCUCGCCAGUCGGGUAAGACUCGUUAACGAGCGCUCGUCGUUUUCGCGGCCGCGCCGCGUAUGGUAUCCUUGAAGCGGGACCUUAUAGAUUGCGUGUGUUCACCCGUAUGCACAUUCAGUACCAGUACCAGUCGUUCAUUACGAAGCAUUACAAUACAAUACAAAGUAGCGUAGCGUUCAUAACGGUAGUCCACUAUAGCGAAAUAGUAUUUAAACAAGCAGCCACAGAAGACGAAAGAGAAUGGGAAAACAGAAAAAACUCACCAUAAUCAAGCAAAAGAAAGAACGAACGAACGAACGGAGGGCACAGAAAGGAGGGCAGGGCAGAAAGAAACAAAAAAAGAAGGAAAUGGGCAAAGAAAUUGCACGUAACAGUAGCGCGUGACAGUUACGCGUGAACGAAUUUUUCACGAGACCACGAGACGCAUUACUUACGUCACACACACGGAGAAAACACACGGGGAGCUGUCGCGAAACUCUGCGCUGCGACGCAACGGGAGAUAUAACACACAUAUACGCGUGGUAGGUGAGAACGAGAGUGAUAGAGAGCGAGAGAAUGAGAAUGAAUGCGCGUGAGAGAGUUAGAGUUAAAGAGAGAGGGCGAGAGAGAGAGAGAGAGAGAGAGAGAGAGAGAGAGAGAGAGAGAGAGAGAGAGAGAGAGAGCACGAAAGUAAGGCGAAGCACACACGAUGUAUCUAAAAGAAAUAAAAAAAAAUACUACUUGUUCAUGUAAACGCGACGUGUACGCACGCGUGCGACUGAUGCGUGAGAGCGAUAGAGACGGGAGAUAUAGGGAGGCGGGCAAGAUGUACGUGGUUCUACGCGUGAGCGUAGGCUCGUCGGUGUUACACAAUUUAUGUAGGUAUAUUCUAUAUGUAUGUCGAUAUAUAGCGAAGUAUAUCGAUGGCAAACGAAAGUAAUGUAAAAAGAAAGAGAGAGAGAAAGAGAGAGAGAGAGAGAGAGAGAGAGAGAGAGAGAGAGAGAGAGAGAGAGAGAGAGAGAGACGGAGAGGGAGGUAUGGAAGACUCGCGUGCGUCGGGCCGGGGGAGACCAGCCGCAUCGUAUUUUGUUGUUUCGGAGCACCUUGGCGCGAAUCGUCUCUGUUUGUCGGGGAAGUCCAGUGGCGAGGAUCAGGACGGUCCGGAUGGGGAGGGAGAAUUCGACGCAGCUUCGUCCUUCCGUCGAGCGAUGUCAAUCGCGCUCGAUCGAUCUUUUCUCGCUAAUUGGCAAUUUGUACACUCAGUUCCUCUCGGUUUCCUUUCUCAAGAGAAUGCCGCCUUCGAUGUUGAUGUAACGAACACGAUCCAAAUAGCAAUCCGGAAUUGCGUAGCUCUAAGAGUCACCCAAAAACUGGCGGUACUUGCUUUCCUGGUAGAAACUCGUAUGUGAACACUUCGCGAUUACGUUCGCGUGCGCAAAUUACUUUCACGGUCCACGGCGGAUUGACGGUGCUCGUUCCGGAAGACGGACCGUCCUGCUUGACGAUCCUGCUGUUAGUACAAAAAGGACGCUGGUCGAUGCGCGAGAUACGCACGAUCCACUCCACUCGUGACGUAUAAAUUGCGGACGAAUAACAAUGUGUGCGCGACAGUGCCAGCUAGGCUCGUCACUUCGGUAAUGCAAGUUCUCUAGUCUGUCCUUCGACUUUAGGUUGGUCGGGAGUUGCCCUAAAUUCUUGCGCGCGGAAGGAGGUUCAUAUCUCGCGCGGUGUGUAAAUUCUAUUGUAACACGAAUGAUAAGAGAGACAUCACGUUGACACAUCAAAGAGGAUAUUACGCCGUGUAGGUGGAGCGAUUUCUGCCGUGAAAACUCAAUUACGUUAGUAAUUAACUAUACAUAUCGAUCUCGGAAAUCUCGCGUGACACUCCGACGUAAAGGAGUGUACGGAAAUGUUGAGCGGCCUGAUUGACCCGUGGGAAUCGUUCCUGAAUGAAAAAAAAAAACGUCUGUCUUCUUGUUUUGAUCCGACGUUCAAAUCGGGCUUUUUAAAUCUUCGCGUACGUACAGCAUGAGGAAAGGCCUAAGAAAUCCUCGCGCCUACGAAGAAUAUCUCAAACUCGAGAUAUCCGCUAUUGUUGCUAAACCUGUCGCUAGAAAAUAUUAUUGACCACAGCUCAAACGACGAUCUUGUAUCUUUUCGACCGUGCGACUGACUGUCUCGUUUGUCCGAUCCAACAGAGCAAUCCCCGAAAAUAUAUAAACUGCCACAUGCGACUGUCGCCGUCAGUUGCUGACGCGACGUUUCAUAUAUCCGCUUGCGCGAGAAGCACACACACAGGCGAAGCGAGGGAUAAAAAAAUCCCGAUGAGAAAAGGCCAGUAAUGUGUCCGGCGCAUGCCGCGUAUAACGAACGCGUCGCGAUGCUUUUUAGCGCGCCGAUACCGCCUGCGUUCUGCAUACAACGAAUUGUUCAUGGACAAAGCAUUUGUUUCCGCCGGAGGCUACGCGACGUAUUAUGUAUAUUCGAGCGUCACAGCGGUCGAUAAUCGAUGAUCGAGAAGCGCGUGAUAACGUCAGCGUAAUUUUAAGUUCACCCCGAUAGAAUCUUAGAAGGAGCGACCGUCGAGUAUCCCGCAUACGCGUACAUGCGAAAACCACCCUCGCUUCCGAGCUUUUCUUGCGAGCGCUCUCAGACGCAAGACUCGCUCUCCUCGCGAUAGCUCAUGCGAUCGAGCACAUAUUGUUAUCACUCGACGUCGUGACUUUGUUGUAAAACGUCGCUGUCGUUUAUACGACAAGCGGGAGAGUACACACGACCGCACCUACAUAUGUCCGCUUCUACGUGUAAUAGUUUAUAGUUUUCUUGUGUGUUACGUUGCACAUAUAAUUCUACCGCAAUUAUACUCACUCGCGGAUUUGCGUUGUUCGCGAUCGUUUCUAGGCUGACAAACGCGCACGAAUCUUCUUCCGACACUUCUUCUUCGUAUCUAAUAUGCAACGACUGCGUCGAACGCACCAAAGAGACGCGUCUCUCCUCCGCGACCAUUGCGUAAUCUCGUUUCUCCUUUUCUUUUUUUCUUUUCUGUUUCACGAAGACGUCGCAGGACCUGUACCACCUGAUCUGUAUGCGUAUCGAGCAGACUUGGGCGCGAGGACAUCAAAGAAACAAAAGAGAGAGGAUAAGUCGCUCUCGUGAUUGGGUUAGCGUGCAAUAAAAAGACGACACAUUUCAGUGGCAAAAUGUUACGAAGAAACAAGCGAGAAAAAAAUUGUAAAAUGUCCGGUGGAAUAUACCGGUGGCCCACUGAAUAACGAAAUAAGCGA